AUGGCAAACACAUUCCUGAUCAUUCUCACAUAUGUGAGUGCUUCUCUGACAUCACCCAUGUACUUUUUCCUGUCUAACCUUGCCUGCCUGGAUAUUGUAUACACUUCCACUACUUCACCUAAACUCAUAAAUAUCUUUGUAAUUGCCAGAGGGCAAAUUUCUUUUGUAGGAUGUAUGGUUCAGCUUUACUUCUUCAUUGCUUUUGGAAGUACUGAAUAUUUCCUAUUGACUGUGAUGUCUUUUGAUCGCUAUGUGGCCAUAUGUAAACCUUUACAUUACACCCUAAUGAUGAGCAAGCAGGCAUGUUUGUAUGGAGCUUUGGGUUCCUGGCUGGGUGGGUUAGUGGCUUCAAUCCCAAUCACAACUGUUACAAGCACAUUGGAUUAUUGUAACUCCAAUGUGAUCAACCACUUCUUUUGUGACAUCACUGCCCUUAUAAACCUGGCAUGCAGCAAUACAACAAUUAUACAAACUGUUAUACUUAUUCAAGGAGUGUUGCUGGUAAUGACAUCAUUUUUUUCUCACUCUUAUAUCUUAUAUUAA